AUGAAAAGGGCGAAUAGGCAUCUACGAACACCGAUGAGACUGACUACGCUUGUUUGGAUCCUUUCUCUACUGAAUACAGGAUGGAGCAUUCUUACAUCCACUUCAGAGAGUGACAAGGUUUGCAGGAGCCCGCAAUGUAUGAAAAUGGCAAAACAAAUUAAUGACGCCAUUAACACCAAGGCGGAUCCUUGCGACAACUUCUUUGAAUACGCAUGCGGGAAGUGGAAGGAAAGCACACCAAUUCCGGGUGGAAUUUCUGCAGUUAACCGAUUCACAGAAGCAGCGAACACAAGAGACCAGAAUAUGAGACAAAUACUAACUCAACUGACUUAUCAAAGGGGAGACCAGUCCAUUGAUCAAAAAAUGGGCAUUUUAUUCAGAAAGUGCAUGGGAGGGUACUCGCGAGACAGUGAAAACAGCGAAAUCAAGAAGUUAUUUAAGGAAAAGUUUGGUAAUUGGCCGAAGAAGGUUGACCCUAAAUCCAAACCUGCUGAAUCUACAAGACUUCUGAAGGACGUCGGUUUCCUUGGCCUUCUUGGAAUAACUGUGGAUAUCAAUGUGAAUGAUAAUAGUAAAUACGCUGUAGUUAUGAAGGAACCGUCGACCGAUCCGCUCACUAAGCAAGCUCUGCAGGCAUUAAAUAGAGAACAAAAAACUCUCUACAAGGGGUACAUUCAGCGAAUGGUAAAUAGAAUUGACUCGAAAGUAAAAGACCCACAAGAAGUCGCCGAGUCUAUAUUCGAUUUUGAGGAGGACCUUUCAUUUAGGACAAGUGCACAGCAGGACUCAAUGAGAACGACUACACUUGGUAAUGUUGAUAGAGACUUGAAGUCGACGAUGAUAAACUACAAAGAGUUGAUUAGAAAGGAAUUUUCUACAGCGAAGACAAAAGUUCCCUUAACAGAUACCCAAAUUAUUAUUGUAGAGAGCACUGCCUACUACGACAAGGUCGAAAAAGCUCUUAAAGAAAAUAAACCGUAA